CUCACAGUUUGAUAAGGACUUGCAAUGGACUCCCCACCACUAAUCACAAUUUGAUGCCCCGUAUCGAGAUCAAUUAGUUUCCGAUAUCAACGACGUACGAGUGGAAAAUAUCAUAUUCAACACAAGACUGGCGAAACGCAAUAACAUAUUAUAAAUACCCCAGUUUUAUCAAGUUAUAUUCUUUCAGACGUAAUUUAAAAAUGGCUUCAACAGUUGAUUCGAAAAGUGAGUUAAACCGGCUUUUGCACGAAACAUUUACCUCUCCAGUGCGUAAGGGAUACAUCACUGUGCAAGGGUUCUGCUUACCCGAAAGAUACCAAAAGUUUGCACAAGCGAUCGAGGAUUUCGAAGUGAAAGAUGACGACGUUUGGGUUUGCAGUUUCCCUAAAACCGGAACUACGUGGACCCAGGAAAUGAUAUGGUGCAUCGCAAACAAUGCGGAUUUUGAAAAGGCAAAAGUUCCCCUGAACAUAAGAUUUCCAUUUCUCGAGUUCUCUGCGCUAUUUGAUUUUGCCGCAGUACCUGCUCAUCCGGAAAUGAAAAAUGAUUUGACGAUCACGGACAGCGUGACCUACACGAAGAAUCAAACCAGUCCAAGAUUUAUCAAGACUCAUUUACCUUUUCGUUUAUUACCACGACAGAUUCGAACGGGCGAAAAGAAACCAAAGAUCAUCUACGUUUGCAGAAAUCCCAAAGACACUUGCAUUUCUUACUAUUACCACUGUAAACUAGUAGAGGAUUAUCGUGGCGAUUUCAACACCUUCUGUCGCCUUUUCUUGGGUGACACAUUGGGCUACACUCCAUAUUGGGAUAAUCUUGUCGAGUUUUGGCAUAAAAGGAACGAGCCUAACAUACUAUUCUUGAAGUACGAGGACAUGAAAGCUGAUUUAUCUGCGGUGAUCAAGAAAUCAGCAGCGUUUUUGAACAAAUCCGUGUCCGAUGAUCAAAUGAAGUUGUUGCUGGAUCAUCUAAGUUUUGCCAGCAUGAAAGCCAAUCCGGCUGUAAACUAUGAGCACGUAGUUGAAAAUAUUAAGAAGCGCCGAGAGGUUGUCGGAAAUGAUAAAUUCAUACGGAGUGGUAAAGUUGGUCAAUGGAAGGAAGAAAUGCCUGAAAAUAUUAUACAGCAGUUCGAUAAGAUGACAAAGGAAAAAUUAUCUGUACACAACCUCUUCUUCUAAACUAAAAAAUGUCAUAAUAAACAGUUAUUUGUUAAAUCUUAA